GCGCGAAGCUCCCUUGCGCCCGCGUGUGUCACCGCCAGUCUCCAGGGACCAAGGUGGAACUCACAACAGGUGGGGAGGGGGACUAGCCUAGGGCCAAAAAGGAGAAGGAAUCAAAGUUUCCUAGCGCAGCAGCGCCUGUGGAAGGAGGGGGGCGGAAGGCGGGGGCGAGGGGAGGCGGAGGCAGUGAAUGACCGCGACCCCGCGGCAACUGGCAAACCCCUCGGCUCCCGGCACCGCCACCUCGGUCCCCACCCGAGGCGCACGGCCGCCCGGCUCGCGGGCUGGCUCAGCUGAAUCCUCUUUGCCGGGCACGAAUGGAGCGCCGGGAGCUCGGGAAGAAGGCGGCGCGCAGACGAGGAACAGAGAGCCAUCGGCUGCCGGGACACCGCCAAAGGGACGCGGCAACUCGCGCACGUCUCAGGACAAAUCGAGGCUUGGGAAAUCCCCUCCACCCCCGUUCUUAAGAGGGGAGUACACCCAGAAAGUGCAUGUGAUGGAGUGGAGAGGAAUCCGCGCGCGGCGACUACCCGCAGGGCACCCUGCUCCCACUCUCACUCGCGGAGCUGGCCACGGCAGUCGCGGAUCCCUGGCAGGGAGGCUGAGUUCGCUGGGCAGAGCGCGUGAGGGCGACUGCAGAACAACGCGUGAAGGGGCCAAAGGGAAGGCGAGAUUGCCUCCUCGCUGCUGCCUUCGCCACCCCACCCCCCAUUUGACUUAUGGAAAUACACCCGAGAGCAGUGCCCCAGGAAACCCCUCCACCUCGCAGCCCCCACCCACCCCAGAGCCUGGCCCUGACCCUGGGAAGAGAGAGGCUGCCUCUGGGGAGGGCUGGGGGAGAUGCACGUGGAGCCGGGAGAUGAAAAGUAGAUUUUUUUUUUUCUUUUCUUUUUCUUUUCUUUCUUUUUUCUUUUUGGUUGUUGUUGUUGUUGUUUAAAGUGGUCGGAGACAAGGCAGGAGGCGGCUUGGGAAAAGUGGAGCAGAAAUGGAAAAAUACAAACUCACCCGCUGCAAAUGGUCUCUCGGUGCAAACUAAGGUGUUUUCGGGCCUUUCCCCGAGCGCGCCCACUCCCGCCCGCGCGCGCACCCCCGCAAACACACUCACUUGGUCACACACGCACGCGCGCGCGCACAUAUACACACACACACACAGACACACGCACACACACGCACUCCCGGGCGAGGGCCGGGCCGCGCGAGUACAGCAUGAAACCGCCACACAAUAAAUAACAAUAGAUUCCUCCGCUCCGGACUAGCUUCCCCGAGCCCAGCCAGCGCCAGCGGCGGCGGCGGCCGCAGAAGCGCGGACCGCGUCGGGCCGGGGGCUUUCCCCAGCCUGCUCCCACCCCUGGCAUCCAGCCUGGGCCCCUUCUCCACCUCACGCGCCCACAAACCACCCCCGGGCUUGAGCCUGCUCACCCUCCUUCCCCAAGCCACUUGGGCGCUGGUGCCCGCCCCCACCCCUGGAACAAAUAAAUAAAUAAGGCGAGCGCGAGGCCAACACGUCGCGGAGGGAGAUGUUGUUAUU